AGCGGGGGGCCGGAAGACUCCGAAGAGUUAUUGAGGCCUCCGGGCUGCCACCCGCCUGGCAGUGUGGUUUGCACUCAGCUCCCGGCGCCCGACUUCGGGCGCUGCGGACCAUGUCUCCGCCUCUGGCGCCCAGCCGGGACCGUGCAGGCCACGAGGAUGAGGACCGCUGGGAAAGACGGGGGGACCGCAAGGCCCGGAAGCCCCUAGUGGAGAAGAAGCGGCGCGCGCGGAUCAACGAGAGUCUGCAGGAGCUGCGGCUGCUGCUGGCCGGCACCGAGGUGCAGGCCAAGCUAGAGAACGCCGAAGUGCUGGAACUGACGGUGCGGCGCGUGCAGGGCGCUCUGCGGGGACGGGCGCGCGAGCGAGAGCAGCUGCAGGCUGAAGCAAGCGAGCGCUUCGCUGCUGGCUACAUCCAAUGCAUGCAUGAGGUGCACACGUUCGUGUCCACGUGCCAAGCCAUCGAUGCCACCGUCUCAGCUGAACUCCUGAACCACCUGCUAGAGUCCAUGCCACUGCGUGAGGGUAGCAGCUUCCGGGAUCUGCUGGGGGACUCCCUAGCUGGCCUGCCUGGAGGCCCUGGGAGGAGCAGCUGGCCUCCAGGAGGGUCUCCAGGGUCCCCAUUGUCCAGUCCCCCAGGUCCCGGGGACGACCUGUGUUCUGACCUAGAGGAGGUCCCGGAGGCUGAACUAAAUCGGGUGUCUGCUGAGGGGCCGGAUUUGAUACCUACAUCCUUAGGCAGCCUGACCGCAGCUCGCCUGGCCCAGAGUGUAUGGAGGCCUUGGUGACCAACAACACUAACCAGGGACCUGUGGAGGGUGGGCUGCCAUCCUUAAGUCUACCCCCCCAACCCCACCCCCAGAUAUCAGAUGAGGUGGAAACAGUCCAGGUAUACCUUCCCCAUACUUUCAAUGGAUGACUUGGAUGGCAACCCUGAUGGCCAGCCCCUGCAGGCCCCUACCCCUGUUUGAGGGAAUCAGUUUCAUGGACCCUAUAGCUCUGGAUGGGGGGGGUAGGCUACAGAAAGGGGGGAGACUCCUGUCAGAGCUGACAGGGCUCCCCCCAUGUUCACCUGUCCCUGCCUUUCAGGCAUUCUAAGGGACCUAGGGCAGAAGUGGCUAAUCCUGAGGCUGAGCGUUAGUGUCCUAGGUAGGGACACCCCAGGCCAUAGCAGUCCUGACCUGAAUAGUUCAGAUCUGCUGCUUCAGCCCGGAGACCAGGGGAGGCAGGCGCCUUCCACAGGGUCACUGAGAGCUGUUCCUGUUUGUAAGACACUUGAGUGUGUGAAUUUGGUUGCCAUCACAUGCUCCGAUUGAAUUAAAUAAAGAACUUUGGAGUUA